UUUAUGCUGUGCGGGCGAGUUUUUGUUUUGCUUUUAAUAACGGAAAAUAAUUGGAUUUUAUUUGUGAAAACUAUAGAGAAAACUAACGAAAAAGUUGACAAAGAUAUUGUGAAAUUGCAAUACACUUAAAAUAUUUAAGCAUUUGGUGGUAAAACGUCACUAAAGUGCAAGUGCAAUUUGUCCACAGUGAAACAAAACAAACAAGAAAUUGUGUGCAAAAUGCAUUAAAUAUGCAGAUAAAGUUGUUGUUGUAUAAAAAACCAAACUUACAGCUGUCUACACAUAUUUAAUUAAAUACAUUGUCUUGGCGACUUCUUAAUUCCCGCGUAUACAUAAAAAAAACAUAACCCCAAAUUACCAGAAACCAAGUGCCAACUGGAAUUCAUUUCCCUACUCUUUAUCUAAAAUAUAUUUAAUGAUAUUAUGAAUGUCCUGCGAAACGUGCAAUAUACAAUUCGUCUGGCAAGUUAUAUUAACAUACACACAUACUUAUACAUACAUAUGUGAAUUCAACAUUCCAUGCCUGUGUAUGUAUAUGUUUAUGUAAAUAACUGAGCGCACGUGGUAAUUGUUUUGGUUAUUUUGGUUGUUGUUGUUGUUAUUACAGGCGCGUUGCAACAUCCAAUCAUUUUUAAGUCGAAAUUCGUUAUUGAAAGAACAUUUAAAUUGGUGGUGCAAAAUGGACCAGCAGCAAUCAAAAUUGCUGCGACAUGCACAGACGCAACACGGCGACAAUUCAACAGAUAUUGACAACAUUUUUGUGAAUCGUGCCACAAAUGUUAAUAAGAACAUUCAACCACCUGAUGCUCCAUCCCCGGAAUGUGUUUGGUUUCAUCAGAUUGACAAUGAAAAUGGCAACAGUCCCGAAGUGACUGAAGAAGAACAGAAGACAGAAAAACAAUCACAAUUAUCUACUUGCACAACAACAAACGAAGGUCAAGCAGCAGAAAAACGUAAAGCAACAACUUUUGAUGAAAUAUCAGAGGCAAAAAAGAUUAAAUAUGAAAGUAAACAUCCCAAGGCAACACGACCUGGAUUUAAUGAGGAUAGAUUUGAGGAGACUUCCUACUACAUUGAAAAUGGCCUUAGAAAGGUUUAUCCCUAUUUCUUUACAUUCACGACAUUUACCAAAGGACGUUGGGUUGGCGAUAAAAUCUUAGAUGUAUUUUCUCGUGAAUUUCGGGCACAUCCUGCCGAAGUUUAUCAACGGAGUAUAGAAGCCGGUAAACUGACGGUUAACCAUGAAAUAGUUCCUGCAGACUAUAGUCUUAAGCAUAAUGAUCUGCUGGCAAAUGUUGUGCAUAGACAUGAAGUGCCAGUUACAGCGCAGCCUAUUCGAAUAAUUCAUAUGGAUGAGGACAUUGUGGUUGUUAAUAAACCUGCUUCAAUACCAGUUCAUCCGUGUGGUCGUUAUAGACAUAAUACUGUUGUCUUUAUACUUGCCAAGGAGUUUAAUCUAAAGGAUUUAAGGACAAUACACCGACUUGAUCGUCUAACAUCUGGUUUACUUCUAUUUGGACGUAAUGCCAAUAAAGCCAGAGAACUGGAGCAACAAAUACGUCAACGGCAAGUGCAAAAGGAAUAUGUUUGUCUUGUGGAGGGAAAGUUUCCAGAUGGCAUAAUUGAAUGCAAUGAGUCCAUUGAGGUUGUUAGCUAUAAAAUUGGAGUUUGCCGGGUCUCGCCCAAAGGAAAGGACUGUAAAACGACAUUUCAGAGACUUUCCAAUGUUGGUGACUCUAGUCUAGUCCUUUGCAAACCUCUCACUGGUCGUAUGCAUCAGAUACGAGUACAUUUGCAAUAUUUGGGCUAUCCAAUUGUCAAUGAUCCUUUAUACAAUCAUGAAGUUUUUGGUCCACUCAAAGGACGAGGAGGUGACUUUGGUGGCCGAUCGGACGAACAAUUGAUAAGCGACCUCAUUAGUAUACAUAAUGCUGAAAAUUGGUUAGGAAUCGAUGGUGACAUUGAUACUGUUCCAUUACAGCCCAUUAGUGUCAAGGAUAAUGCUAUUAAAAAUGGUAUUUCCUUGAACUCUGCUCCAGCAGUUAAUCUGCCAGAACAAAGUGUUGCCACUCAAACUGGCCAUGAUGAACCAGACUGUACAUUUGAUGUGAGCAAAGUCACUACAGAUCCAGAUUGCCAUGAAUGCAAAUUAAACUUAAGAGAUCCAGUUGAAAAAGAUCUCAUUAUGUAUUUGCAUGCUUGGAAAUAUAAGGGUAUUGGCUGGGAAUAUGAAACAGAACUGCCAGCUUGGGCUUUGAAAGAUUCAGCUAGUGAAAAGUUGACAUGAUCAUAGGAAUUUAUAAAUUAAAUCCCAUUAAAAAGUGGACCAACUAUCAUUCAAAAUAACAAUAAUGAACAUUCUAAAGCUACAAAUAAGUUUGUAAUAAUUAUUUAUUGUUUAUACUGUUAUCUUAAGUCUCAGUUAGGCACAAUAAAGUUUCAAUUGACUGUCAAUUUA